AUGUUCUCACCCUUGCCGAGCACUGCUGCGCUAAUCGAAGUCGAGCCUAUCAAUGGCAGUCCAACAGCAGCACCUUUGGGUUGCCAUCGAAGACUUUACACGUAUCGUGUAACUCAGGCGGAUAGCAAUGGUCGCGAAUGUUGGGAUUAUGUCAGCGUAGCUGCCUGUUGGGGACGUUGUGACUCGGGAGAAAUUUCCGAUUGGAAAUUUCCUUAUAAACGUUCAUAUCAUCCGGUAUGCGUUCAUGCUACACGACAACCGGCUGUCGCUGUGUUACGAAACUGUCAUGCAGAGGCGGACGAAUCAGCUCGACGAUACGAGUAUUUGGAAGCUGUGAGCUGUCAUUGUCAUACCUGCUCUACCUUGGAUACCAGUUGUGAGGCGCCUGCUAAUAAUAUUUUAGAUGAAAAAGCGGGUGUGAAAGUGUUAGCUUUGACUGGGUCAGAUUCUAUGGCUUUAGAUUAUGAAUGA